AUGUGACGCCGUCAUUUUCAAUUCAAAAUUUUUGUACUUAUUUGUUUCAACGAAAAAAUGCGCGAAAUAGUACAUAUUCAGAUCGGACAAGCCGGCAACAACAUCGGCACGAAAUUCUGGGAGCUAAUUUCCGACGAGCACGGCAUCGACCCCAGCGGCUACUACCACGGCAACACCGACCUUCAGCUCGAAAGAAUAAACGUCUACUUCAACGAGGCCCAGGGCGGGAGGUUCGUUCCUCGGGCCGUCCUCGUCGACCUCGAGGCCGGCACUAUGGACUCCGUUCGUUCCAGCGCCUUCGGCCAGCUGUUCUCGCCCGACAGCUUCAUCUUCGGCAGAGAAGGCGCGGGUAAUAACUGGGCCAAAGGCCACUACACCGAAGGCGCAGAAAUAGCGGACCACGUCCUCGAAGUAACACGCAAAGAAGCUGAAGGCUGCGAUUGUCUCCAGGGGUUCCAAAUCGUGCACUCUCUAGGUGGGGGUACCGGGUCCGGCAUGGGGUGUCUCCUUCUUGGAAAAAUCCGCGAAGAGUACCCCGAUAGAAUCAUCAGCACUUUUUCCAUCAUCCCGAGCCCGAAGGUGUCGGACACCGUGGUCGAGCCGUACAACUGCGUCAUGUCGCUGCACCACCUGGUGGAGAACACCGACGAGACGUACAUGAUCGACAACGAGGCUCUGCACGAUAUUUGCUACAGGACGUUGAAGCUGUCGGCGCCGGCUUUAGCCGACUUGAACCACCUUAUCUCAGCGGCGAUGUGCGGGGUUACGGCGUGUAUUCGCUUCCCGGGGCAGCUGAACGCGGACUUGAGGAAGAUUAAAGUGAAUAUGGUGCCGUUCCCGAGGUUGCACUUCUUCGUGCCGGGGUUUGCGCCGCUGGUGUCGCGGGGCGCCAUGCAGUAUCAGGCUCUGACGGUGCCUCAGCUUGUUCUCCAGCUGUUCGACGCUAAGAAUAUGAUGUGCGCUUGCGAUCCGAGGCACGGGAGGUACUUGACGGCGGCUACGAUUUUCCGGGGGAGGAUGUCGACGAAGGAGGUGGACGAACAGAUGUACAAUAUACAGGAUAAGAACAGUAGUUAUUUUAUUGAGUGGAUUCCGAAUAAUCUGAAGUCGGCGAUUUGCGAUAUACCGCCUAGAGGGUUGAAGAUUUGCGGGACGUUCAUCGGGAAUACUACGGCUAUCCAGGAAUUGUUUAAGAGGGUGGGGGAGCAGUUCUCGGCUAUGUUUAGGAGGAAGGCGUUUCUGCACUGGUACACGGGGGAAGGGAUGGAGGAGAUGGAGUUUACGGAGGCGGAGUCGAACAUGAAUGAUUUGAUUGCGGAGUAUCAGCAGUAUCAAGAGGCGUCGACUGAGGAAGGCGAAGACGGAGAGGGUAACGACGACGACGACGAAGAGGAAGAAGAGGAAUAGCAACGGGCUGGA